UCAGAAAAAUUAUUUAUUAAUUGGUAAAUAAAUUAUGAAUUAAAUAAUUUUAUAAAUUAUUAUAAUCAUUUAUUGACAAAUUUUUUAUUUAUUUUAAUAAUUGACUUUUUUAAAAUUAAUAAGUUCGUAACUGACCGGAUGUAAACAUUGAUCACGAAAGUAACAACACGAAAAAUUAAAAUAGUGAGUUCGAUAGCACGUGGUGUUACAAUCAAUCAUAACCUCAACAUUUAAAUAUUUUUAUACAUAUACAUAUAAACAUUAUUUAUAUAAUCAAUCAGUUAUUAAAAGUGAUUAAAAAUGAUUCGGACAUCCAGAGAAGUUUUAGUGACAAGUGAUAAUUCUGGAGACACAUGGAGUGCAUCAGUGUGGGAUCCAGUGACCGGGUCUCUAUUGAUGACAUACAGAAAUCCAUCAGCAACAAAUCAUCAUUGCCUAAGUAUCCUCAGUGACAGUUACAUGCUGGCAGCAGACAUAAAAAAAUCACGUUUGUAUUUCUGGGCCCUGAAUAGCCAGAUUCCAGUUUCCAAUUUAUCAUCAACGACACCAGGAAAAGUUUCAGCGUUGGCUUGUGCACCCAAUGGUCACUAUCUUGCAGCAGCAAUAAACGAAAAUAUAUUUAUUUGGCAGUUAUGUACAGGAAAAUUAUUAAGAACAUUAUCAAGACACUAUCAGACAGUAACAUGUUUAGUUUUCAGUUCAGAUAGUUCGCGAUUUUCUAGUGGCGGUGAAGACAGUCUGGUAUUUCUAUGGGGAUUGACAAGUGUAGUUAAUAAUUACAAUGAUGCUGCUCCUGUUUAUAAAUUUUCACAUCACACUGGUCCAGUCAAAGACAUUUAUCUCGGUAAUUUUUCACAACGAGCCCGUCUUGUCACCGUAUCCUUAGACAGGACAGCAAGAAUUUAUGACACGUGCACUGGAACUCUACUGCUGACGUUAAUAUUUGAUGUUCCUCUUACGUCAGUUUCUAUGGAUAUAAUUGAAUGCAAUUUAUUUGUCGGGUGCAUUGACGGUAAUAUCAGACAAUUUGAAUUACGAAAUCCACCGCGUAAUUUAGAAUAUCAUGUGUCUGAAGAAAAAAAUUUGAUUGUCUUCAAAGGACACACUGGAAGUGUUACUAAACUAUCGGUGUCUGUUAAUUGUACGACACUUUUAUCAGCAAGUGCUGAUGGGAAUGUUAAUUUAUGGGAUAUACCAAGUCAGCAAAUUACAAGAACGAUAACGUUGAAGGGACCGGUUGUUACAGCAUUUUUUACACCAGCGUAUUCAAAUUAUCAUGCUGAUAAAUUUGAAUCUAAAAUAUUAGUGCGGCCACUCCAGAGCGCGCUUUAUGAAAAUGACAAAGACGCGGUUUUAGAAAUUUUAACUGAUUCUGAUUGUCCGCUUCUCAAUCCGGAGUUUUAUUUCAAAAGUAAUUUAUCUGCGGGAAAUGCCGAUGACAUCCAGACCAGACUGAUGGAAUCAAAUGACGAGAACAAGAGAUUGAUUAAAAUUAAUAAUGAGUUAUAUAAUAAUUUAAUUAAAAAUUUAAUGUCUUCGAAAAUGAAUGGGUCAUAAAAUAAAUAAACUCAAUGUCAAUUUA